UGUGGGAGUAUAAAUAUCCAGUCUAUUAAUAGAGGUGUUCAUCAACAAAUCAUUCCGUCCUUCAAUUUUCUGAUUCUUGUUUAAACAGUAGUCUAAGGCGUAGCUGACACCGGAUAUGGAAACCAAAAUGCAUCAAGAAGAAGAGAAGUCCAACAAUCAUGCAGUGGCUGCUCCUCUUCUCACCCCUUACAAAAUGGGAAAGUUCAAUCUUUCUCAUAGAAUAGUACUGGCACCAUUGACUAGACAGAGAUCAUAUAACAAUGUUCCCCAGCCGCAUGCAAUCUUGUAUUAUUCUCAGAGAACCACCGAAGGAGGUCUUCUCAUAGCUGAAGCUACCGGAGUUUCUGACACAGCUCAAGGGUAUCCAAAUACUCCUGGUAUUUGGACUAAAGAGCAAGUUGAGGCAUGGAAACCCAUUGUAGAUGCUGUUCAUGCCAAAGGUGGCAUAUUCUUUUGUCAACUUUGGCAUGUUGGAAGGGUUUCAAAUCGAGAUUUCCAGCCAAAUGGGCAAGCUCCAAUCUCAUGCACAGACAAGCCACUAGCCCCUCAAAUUCGAGCUAAUGGAAUUGAUGCUGUAGAUUUCACCACUCCAAGGCGACUAAGAACAGAUGAAAUUCCUCAUGUUGUCAAUGACUUUAGAAUUGCUGCAAGGAAUGCUAUGGAAGCUGGUUUUGAUGGAGUUGAGAUCCAUGGGGCUCAUGGUUACUUAAUUGACCAGUUCAUGAAGGAUCAAGUUAACGAUCGAACCGACCAAUAUGGUGGAUCUCUAGAGAACCGCUGCCGAUUUGCCUUAGAAGUGGUUGGAGCUGUAGUCGAUGAGAUAGGAGCUGAUAGAGUUGGAAUAAGACUGUCUCCCUAUGCAAAUUACGGACAAGCAGGAGACUCAAAUCCAGGAGCUUUGGGUCUGUAUAUGGUUGAAUCCUUGAAUAAAUAUGGGAUUCUCUUCUGCCAUAUGGUUGAGCCAAGAAUGAAGACGGUGGGGGAAAGAGUUGAAUCCCCGCACAGUCUUCUACCCAUGAGAAAGGCUUUCAAUGGCACUUUCAUUGUUGCUGGAGGCUAUGAUAGGGAAGAAGGAAACAAAGCUGUUGCAGAGAACUAUUCAGAUCUUGUUGCUUAUGGCCGUGUGUUCUUGGCCAAUCCAGAUUUGCCGAGAAGAUUUGAGCUUGAUGCACCACUAAACAAGUACGAUCGCGGCACAUUCUAUACAACAGAUCCUGUCAUUGGUUAUACUGAUUAUCCCUUUCUUGAAUCCACUGCUUAAUUCUCUCGCAGAUUAGAAUUGGAUCUUAAAUUGCUCAAUCAUUACAAAAUUUGAUAUUUGCAUUAUAUUUAAGCUGCUUGACUGCUUUACAAUAACAAUUAUAUUUAAGCUCCUUGGUGAAAUCUAAGGACAUUUGUCA